CCGACGUUGGAAGGGACCGGCCUCUUUGUUCCGGUCUCACUGGAGCAAACAUGGCGGCAGAGGGAGACGUCGAUUUGGACCUGGAAGCCGAGGAAAACUGCACCGGGAAACCGGCAGAAAAGCCUCGGAAACAUGACAGCGGAGCCGCGGAUCUGGAGAGAGUCACGGACUACGCGGAGGAGAAGGAAAUCUCCAGUUCUGACUUGGAAACGGCGAUGUCAGUGAUUGGAGACAGGAGGUCACGAGAACAGAAAGCCAAACAAGAAAGAGAAAAAGAGUUGGCUAAAGUCACCAUCAAGAAAGAGGACGUAGAACUAAUAAUGUCUGAGAUGGAGAUUUCGAGGGCCGUGGCAGAGCGCAGUCUGAGGGAACACAUGGGGAACGUGGUGGAGGCUCUGGUGGCUCUCACCAACUGAACAAACAGCAUUUACACAAUGGACUGCUUCACUUUUUUUUUUCUCCAAGUCAGUGAGGCUGAGCUGAUCUCAGUGGUUAAACUGUUGUGGUGUAAUAAUUGUUACCCCAAACCUUUUUUUUUCUUUUUUAAAUAAAGGUUAACAUUUA